AAUAUUUCAACAGGCAUGGCCGACGACGAACCUGUGGCGAAGAAGGUCAAGCUAGACGAAGGCACCGCCGCGAACGAUGCAGUGUCCAUUCGAAUUGUGAAGGAUGCCAAGGAUUGGAGUGGCCAACCAACCUUCCAUCCCGCAUUCACGUACCAUGCCUUUGGGAAGGACGAGGUCAUCCGUGGGUAUCAAGGGCUAUGCAUCAUGCUCACAUUCAAUGCGAAUACAUUUGACUGCUUUGUGGAAGUCACCUUUGACCAUCGUGACACCGAUGCGGACGAUGUGAUGGCCAUGAUGGAGCAUUCACUGCCCAAGGGAUUCACGCAAGACAAGGAAGCAUUCCUCCACGCUCUUGAACAUUCUGCUGCGAAACCUCCCGGGGCGCUGGUGAACUCGUACACCAAGGACGACAAGGAGUUCGCCACGUACUUCGCAGUCCUGUCCGAGGACGCUGCCGCUGCCGCCUACCUAGACCGCAUGCAGAAGCUAUCUCUUUGGUUCAUCGAAGGGGCCGACGACAUUGACGUCCACGACGCUCGGUGGUCGCUCUACGUUGUGUUUGAUGUGUCGGCAGGAUACCUCCAUCCUGCGGGGUACAUCACCAUGUUUACAUUCCACGCUCCAAUGACCAUGAUGCAGAACGUUCGCAUUUGCCAAGUGCUCGUGCUGCCGCCGUACCAGCGCCAAGGCCAUGGCGAGCGGCUGGUGGAAUACAUCAUGCACCAAGCCAGAUCACGAGCAAACGUGCAUGAAGUGACAGUUGAAGACCCCGUCCCUGGGUUCUCCACGCUGCGGGAUGUGGUGGAUGUCAAGACAUGCCUGUCACAUGGGUUUUUUGGGCUGCCGCCAAGCGAAGCCACCGCCAGUGCAGGGCAUGGCACGCGAGCCCUCACGCCGGACGACGUGGCCGCGGUGAAGAAGGUAAGUACCCACGCGACGAGGUGGAUUCAAUCGUGACCAGAGAUAUGCGGACGUAGAGCUUGAAGGUGACCAAAACGCAAGUCCAUCGGUGCUACGAAAUACUCAAGUUGCGGUUCGUGGAUCGGACCAACGAGCCCGAGUACAAAGCGUUUCGGCUCGAAGUCAAGCGCCGCCUCCAUAGCCUUCACAUGGAAGACCUGGACGCUAUGGGCAGCGCCGACCGACGCAAAGGCUUGCUGGCGACGCUCUACGAAGCCUUGGAAGCAGACUACGAUCGUGUCCUCGGACGGUGCGGACUCCUGGCGCGUCCCGAAUGAUGACGAGCAAUAUAUUCUUGGGCGUAACUAAAAACGUACUAACGUUACAUAGUAGUAACUAACUAACAUUACGAAGAAUGCACGAUUACUAUGAC